AGUCCCAAGUGGGUGGCCGGAGCAGUUCCGUUUCCGCUCUCAGCCAGGCACAGCGCCAAAGCGGCGACCGGGACUCCGAGACACAUUCCCAUCCGCACCGGGUUUUGUACCCGCACAGCCACACUGCCCUUCUCUCCCCUUCCUCUCUCCUCUGCGUCGCUUCCACCUCUCAAUCUCACCCCACGCCUGCCCCGAGCUCCAACCCUAAAGGAACACACCCCUGCUUGCGGCGGCGGGGAGCGGUCUUGGGCGUCCGCCGUUGCUGUGGCCCAGCCGUGACAGAUCCGGGCCCCGCGCCGUUAGGUCGGUGUUUCUUCGGCGACGGUGCAGCCGCUGGAUGUUAGUCUGGCGGAUCGGGGCUCGUUGUUCGCGUGAUUCGAGCAUGUCAGUCUACAAAAAGACACCAUGUUCAGAUAAGUGCCGUGGAAAUGCGAAAUGUGUAUGUAGCGUUGGAUUUGUGGUCAUACAAGAAGGGGACAUCAUGUUCAGAUAAGUGUUGCAGAAAUAUGUAAUGCGAAUGUUGGCUGUUGCGUUUGAUUUGUGGUCGUGCAAGAAGGGGUAGAAUCCAGAACGAUGAUAUGGGUAGCACCAAUGGAAGAAAAACUUCUCCAACCAACAGAGACCUCUAAAGGGAUGAGUGUGUAAUGCAGCACGUAGUGGGAUUUUAAGGCGCUAACGGAGAUCUCCAAAGGCACGAGUGUGUAGUGCAGCGUGUAGCGGGAUUCUAAGGCGCGAUAAUAAUAUGAAGUGAGGCAAGCUUCUCCAAACAACGGAGACCUCCAAAGGCACGGGUGUGUAGUGCAAUGUGUAAUGGGAUUCUUAGGCGCUAAAGUGUGAUAGUAAUAGGAAGAGAGGCAGGGACAUGGGAAGAGGUAGGAAAAGGAGAUUUCAAAGGAUGAUCUUGAAUAGGAGUGAAUGGAGAACAGCUAUCCAUGUGAACCUUGAUUUGUGGCUUCUGUUGUUUUUGAACUCUAGACUACCCCAAUUUGCUUGGGGCUGGAACCAAAAGGUUUUGUUGUUUCUUGCUGUGAAUAAAUGAAGUGGUUGCUUUAUAGAUAUUGAUGUUCCCACCUGGAAGUAUUUGGGGGUGUAUGAGGGAAUGCACAUGUAUUGAAAGCAUGCUACUAGUGUUCUUCCAUUUGCUAGAAAAUUUGCUUUCUCCAUACACUUCUGCUUCACCAAAACAAAUUCAAAUACAGCAGGAACAAGAACCUGUUUGUGUUCUUUAUCCUAGUUUGGGCUAAUGACCCCUACCUGAUCAUUCAUGUCUUAAUGUUGGGUUCAUAUUAGUUUAUGUUUUCCUAUGUGUCUUUGUCAUGUUCCAUUGCCUCUCUUGAAGUCCCUUCAGUACAAGGUUUUAAAGUCGGCUAGUCGACUCUAGUCGCCUGAGCACCGAUAAGGUGACUAAUCGCGAUUAGUCGUCGAUUUGCUCGAUUAGUCGAGCCUAGUCGACUCCUAGUCGUCCUAUAGUCGUCCACCUAUAACAGGACCAUAUGUGUGUGUAUAUAUCAAUAUAUAUGAAUAUAUAUAGCUGUAGCUGCCUAGCUAGACUGCAGGACUGCAUGAACUGUACCAGUGCCACUGCCAUCGUUCUAGGGCUGGGGCAACACAGAUUCUGGAAAGAUGACUUCAACAUUAUUAGGUCGCCUCCUAUUCUCAUAUGUAGUGGCACAACAAUCAAGUGAAGCACAACUCAAGAGGAGGCCAAUGCGGGCACAAUACUACUCAGUUAGUGAACAGAGAACACUGAACAACCAAAAUAUCAUAGCAAUUACGGUCUGAAGAGGUCCUCAUCUCAAUCUCUGAAUUCUAAACAGAGGAGUGGUCGCCUACUCGCCUGUUCAGCCGCUGAAAAGACAACAGAGGAGGACGAGAACGCGCUGGAGGGGGGGGGGGGCUCUGCAGACUACAACCGACGCACGAUGGAGGGAGCGCAGCUGCUGCUCGAGCAGAGGGCCGCCAAAGCACAACAGGGCAGCAGGAGAGGAGAGCGGCGACAAUGGGUAAGGGACGGCGACGCUAGAGAAGGGGUGGCUGAGCUGGGGAAGAGCGCACGCGCAAUAGUGCGUACCGUAUUGGUACAAGCAGGGGCAUAGGGCAAAAAAACGUUUGUGUUGUGUACAGAUGGUGGGCCGACCCACAUAAUAGAGGUCGGAUUAGUGGCCCAAACAAUCAUAACUAGUUGACCAUAACCCCUAGUCGGACGACUAAUCGCGAUUAGUCGGCGACUAGGACGACUAAUCUCUAUCUAGUCGCUCUAGUCGAGUCGGAGACCCUAAUCGAGCUCGGACUAGAGAUAAGGCCGACUCGCGACUAAUCGCGAUUAGUCGGACGACUUUAAAACCUUGCUUCAGUAGCUCAACCCCUGCUGCUCUGUAAUUAUAUGCUGCACAAUUCAUUGUGGAUUGCAUUUCUUGUAGAUUUCGGAAGGCUACAAGAUUUCCACUUAAUAAUUCCAAUCAUACCGGUUCUUUUGAUGAUCUUACUGUGGAUGCACCUUAGCCUCCUUUCCAUGUUGUUUUCUUCUUUCUAUGCCGAUGCGGUACCCCUAGCUCCCUCUGUAGGCUUAGAGUGCACCUGUCUAUAGAUUGUCUGUCCAUUUAUUUAUUGAAAACAACCUUAUUAUUGUUAUUGUCUUUCUGUACAGCUAGGCGGUGUUGAGUUGUGACAUUUGUAUCACAUGAAUGAACUCAGAGCAUCUCAUUGUUAAAACUGUGAGCAUAUCAAUUCCCCUCCUUUAAGCAAUAUGGGAGCUAAUUGCUGCAUUGCUGCAAAGGAGAGGACACAACCAUGCAUUACUCCAUUAGAAGUAUCAGCGUACAGGAAUGUGAGACAUUCACCAUCAUGGAGCUUUCGGUGGGACAAUCGCACACAUAUAGAAGACAUAAUGGAAAUCCCUACUCUGUUUUCCAACCAUAGUAGUGGAAGCAUUCGGCCUGAUACAAAGAGUGGUUCCAUUGCCCCGACCGAAGGGUUUUCUAAUGGAAAUAGCCUUGGAACUAGCCCUUCCAAUGUGUCUCAUGGAACAAAGUGGCACAAAUCUGACAAAAAAAUGGAAGCAUCUAAGGUUACAAUGGCUGAUCCUCGAGCUGACCACCCCACUGCAAGUAACUCUUCCCUUGAGGCAAAGCUUUUCAGGAAAUCACUGGACAUGUCAAGUGUUGCUUCAGAUUUGAAGACAUCAGGGUCUGUUCCUUCAACACCACCCUUAGUAUCCAGAGCAGAUCCAUCAUCCUCCAGGGGGCAUUCUCAACCUACAGAUUCAGAUUCGAUGAAGAAAGCACGGCGGUCACCAGGGUAUCAAUUAUACAGACAAGUUUCGGACAGCAAAAUUCCAUCUCUCAGAUCUCUCAAUGAGAUAAGCUCUCCUGAAGGAAGGCCUUCGUCUUCCAUGCUAUCAGUCUGCAGCAAUGACUUGUCAGCAGCAGGAUCCUAUGCUGAGUCAUCUGAUGGUUGGUCAAUGCGCACAUUUUCUGAAAUGGUCGCAACAUCCCAAAGAGAGAGGUGGUCACUUGAUAGCGAACUCUUGGGAUCCAUUUCUAGUAAAGUGACAAGAACUAGUGCUUCAAAUUCUACUACACUUCCCCCUGAGCAAGAGGUGUGCAAGCUGUGCUUGAAGCUGUUGAAGGAGAGAUCAACAUGGAAUGCUCAGGAGCUGGCCGUUGUUGCUGUUCUGUUGUGUGGACAUGUGUACCAUGCUGACUGUCUGGACAGCAUAACUACAGAAGCUGACAAAUACGAUCCGCCAUGCCCUGUAUGCACGCAUGGUGAGAAAUGUACAGUGAAGCUAUUUGGGAAGCUGGAAUCCAAGGUUAAGAACAAGAUACCAAAAAAUGUGGCAGCUGAUAUCAAUCCAGAUGGGAACAGUAAUAAGCACCAGAAGAAAGGUAGAAGAGAGCCCAGGUUAGGUACAAGCUCAAGCAUGAAGGUCCCAUUCAGUCGCCCGUUUUUGAGGAGACAUUUCUCCAUUGGGUCUCGACCGCCUCGGUCAGUCUCAGAAACCGAUUCGACGAGAAAGAAGGGAUUCUGGGCAAGACAUUGGAGGGAGUAGAAUAGCCUCCAAUUGCCAUUAGGUGGGCUGGUUUCCAUUAGUGUGUUUUGGAAGGGUCUUCGAGAGGAGGUGAACUCCCCAGCAUGCAAGCUCACGGAGUUCAGACUGGCACAAGGGCUGCCGUCCUGGCGGGCAACCAACAUAUUUGGAAGUUUCUCCCAGCCAUAAUAUUCGGAUACUGGUGCAGAGCGCACGCUAGCGCCGGUCCCAGCAGAUCCAUUAUAGUAGAAUAACAAGGUUUUUUAUACCAUGCGAGAUACGGUUGUUGUAGGCCCUGGUUGCAGCUUAGUAAUAGUAGCAAUCUAACAGAAACGGUGUGGCCUUCAUGGAUGUAAGGCCCAAUGCUGGGUUACACAACCAGCUUGCUAGAUUAUUUAUUGUACUCGAUGUUUUUUAAUGAUGAUUGACUAAGGUACUUCGUAUUGUUGGAUGGAAUGCGUUUAAGUUGAAGUCUUCA